AUGCCACCUAGAGAGUGCGUUACUGGACUGCAGUUAGUGUUGCUGCUGACUUGCAGCUUCGGCUGCAGUUCCUACAAUUUUCCACCAGCAGCAGUGCGACGGAACAUUAUUAAAGUGCGGGCAAGUGGGUUUCUGCCCUUCGAAUCGGAUCUGCUGCUGCCGUUGGGGAUUCUGCGGCAGCUGCAGGCGCAAGACCGCGCCUCCCGCCUCCUGCCAAGACAGCCGGCGCCAACGUUCAACAAGAAACCCAAACAUCAGCUGCGUCUGGAACGCGCCCAGCUGCGAGGUCACGAUGCGGCAUCCAGCGGCGUCAAGUUGUACAAUCUGAUCGAUGACGAUGGCGAGCUGCUAUUGAAUCUUCGCGUGCACAACGAUGUGCAGCCCCAGAAAAACUUUGAUGCCAUGCCCGAGGCAAGCGGGGCCUAUCAACGUUACACCAACACUCUGGAUGCCGAUGACAACGAUACACCCUGGUUGCCCUCGAACUGGCGCCCCACCACGACCGCUGCCCCAAGAGCCUUGACCUCAUCCUCACCACGUCCCCUGCCGCUCCGCCAAUACAUCAUCAACAGCAAUAGCAUCGAACAGCAGACGCAGAAGCAGCCGCAACGCCGACACAUGCUACGGGCGAGUGCAAGCCACGAUUGGGCCUUCAAGUGA